UGUAGAUAGUCCAGGAGUUCUGUUGGAUAGACAGUCAAUUGGCAGCAACCCUCUCGCUCUCUUUUUUCUCUCUCCCUGUACCUUCUCUCUCUCAAGAGAACGAGCUGGGAUAUAAAGCUCUCACUGGAAAAUUUCUCUGUGUUUUUUUAGUGGUUCUGAGCACCUGCCCGUGUCAAAAUGAGUGACACUCUGCUGGAUGAUGGGUCCUUCAUGUUCACUUCGGAGUCUGUUGGAGAGGGACAUCCAGACAAGAUCUGUGAUCAGAUCAGUGAUGCUGUCCUGGAUGCUCACCUGAAGCAGGACCCAAAUGCCAAGGUCGCCUGUGAGACGGUUUGUAAGACUGGCAUGGUGCUGCUGUGUGGAGAGAUCACGUCCCGGGCCAAUGUAGACUACCAGAAGGUUGUCAGAGACACCAUACAACACAUCGGUUACGACAACUCAGACAAAGGUUUUGACUAUAAGACGUGUAAUGUGUUGGUGGCUCUGGAGCAGCAGAGUCCAGACAUCGCUCAGGGUGUCCACAUCGACAGGAAAGAGGAAGACAUGGGAGCUGGAGACCAGGGUCUGAUGUUUGGCUACGCUACUGACGAGACAGAGGAGUGCAUGCCUCUCACCAUCGUUUUGGCUCACAAACUCAAUUCCAAGAUGGCCGAACUCAGACGCAACGGAACCAUCCCCUGGCUCCGCCCCGACUCUAAAACACAAGUGACAGUACACUAUGAGCAGGAGCACGGGGCAGUGAUCCCUAUAAGGGUCCACACCGUGGUCAUCUCUGUUCAACACGAUGACUUCAUAGGCCUGGAGGAACAGAAGGAGGUGCUCAAGGAGAAGGUGAUCAAGGUAGUGGUUCCGGCUAAGUACCUGGAUGAUAAGACCAUCUACCAUCUUCAGCCCAGUGGACGCUUCGUCAUCGGAGGACCCCAGGGUGAUGCUGGAGUGACGGGUAGGAAGAUCAUCGUUGAUACGUACGGAGGCUGGGGGGCCCAUGGUGGGGGAGCUUUCUCUGGUAAAGACUUCUCCAAGGUGGAUCGCUCUGCUGCCUAUGCUGCCCGCUGGGUGGCCAAGUCCCUGGUCAAGGCCAAACUGUGCAGGAGGGUGCUGGUUCAGGUAUCCUACGCUAUCGGAGUGGCUCACCCUCUGUCCAUCUCCGUGUUCACCUACGGCUCGUCACAAAAGUCCGAGAGAGAGCUGCUGCAGAUCGUAAACAAGAACUUUGACCUACGACCUGGUGUCAUUGUCCGGGAACUGAACCUGAAGAGGCCAAUCUACCAGAAGACAGCGUGCUACGGCCACUUUGGCCGGAGUGAGUUUACCUGGGAAGUCCCCAAGGAGCUCAACUACUAAACAUCUCCCCCUGGUGGUCAAGUAUAUAACAAACUCUUAAACACCCUCGUGGUCAAAUAUAUAACAAGCUCUUAAACAACAUAUAACGACGAUCCCUCCCAGAGAUAGGAAACAGGCCCCAUCUACAGGCUACAACCACAAAUGGUUCUGCUUUUUCAUUGGCUAGUGUUGAGGUUAAGGUUUAGGAUUAGGGUGAAGGGAUAUGUUUUUGGUUAGUGCUAAACAAUCAUUUAUGUGAUUGUAGCCCAUAGAGGGGUUUGUUUGGUAAUGCUUCUUAUCUUGAAUAAGAGGGGUACAACUUAUAGAGGGGAAUCUCUAUUCUCCCUCUCUCUCUCUCUCUCUCUCUCUCUCUCUCUCUCUCUCUCUCUCUCUCUCUCUUCCAUCUCUUUUUCUAUCACA